GUCAGGUGCUCUGUAUUUCCGGUUCCUCCAUGGAUGUUGAGAUUACUGUGCUAUUUUUUGCCAAAAGUCGAGAACUGACUGGAACAAGGGAGACAACCUUACAUAUCAGCAAAGAAACUACAGCUACGGAAUUACUCAGUGUCAUUAUUUCUAAGUACAACAGCUUGGAUGUGCUAAAGGAGAAUGUUGUGUUGUCACUGAAUGAGGAGUAUAUUUCUGUCAGUGAUUCCCAAAACUUGGUACUCAACUCUGGUGAUACUGUUGCUGUAAUCCCACCCAUCAGUGGAGGAUAAUUACCUCAUAAGACCUGCUAAUGGAUUUUGUUGAGAUAUCAGAAAAUGUUAUCCAUGUAGAACGACUCACAGCUAGAGUGACCUCCCCUACCUCAGGUGCUAUAUCUGUAUUUCUAGGUA